ACAACUGUGCACCCCGUCGGUCUGUCUGCCGGCUUCUCUCUCUCCCCACUCACGCACUCUCUCCGGAAACGUGGUUCUCCCCCUCCGGAGGUUUUUCCGAGUCCGGGAAGCUUUCAAGUCCGGGAGACAACAACGCCAUUUGGAAGCCAGCAACGAGCAAGGCCGUUCGUCUUCCGGCCGGUAGUGUCCUGGCAAUGCCGCGACCUUCUCGGGCGGCUGCCGCAGAGGAGGACGGAGUCUUCCCGUAGCCAGAUGAGGCCAAAAUGCCGAGAUCAUUCUUGGUGAAGAAAGCUAAGUACCCUGUCGAUCAUGGAAAUCGGUGGCCUUACAGGGAACCUUCGAGUCCAACGGAGGGGGCCACUGCACCACCUUAUCCGGUGUCACCACCUCAUCACUGCCUCACCGUCCGUUAUACAAACGGUUAUGUGUAUGACUUGUCCUCCCCUGAAUCCUCCAGAGAUUACGUCUACAUCGAUAAGGUUGUGGGUGAUGAGAUCGUUGGUGGGAUUGAAAUCAAGUCGUCGGAGCCUGACAAUUCUCCUCCGCAAGCAACUAAGCACCAUGUUAUCGCUUUGGAGAGAUCGGGCCCAAGCCCUUCCGGUAGCCUUAGUGACGCAAGCACGAGCGAUGUCAGCAGCGAUGAUACAAGAACCGUGACUACUCCCCAUUUCCUGUACAAUCGGCUGGAAUCUGAUGCAAGCCCUCCAGCGCCAACGUCACCUAGUGGAGUAACUGUUGGUUACACUUAUGAAGCAUUUUUUAUUACUGAUGGGAGAUCAAGAAGGAGGAAGAAUCCUAAACAGGAAGACAAUUUAGGGUCAACAGGAGGUGCUUUAGCUGACAGACCACGUUAUACCUGCGGAGAAUGUGGCAAACAUUAUGCUACAUCCUCCAAUCUGUCUCGGCAUAAGCAGACCCACCGUAGUCCGGACUCGCAACAGGCCAAGAAAUGUGAGACGUGCGGUAAGGUAUACGUGAGCAUGCCGGCCUUGGCCAUGCACCUUCUCACCCACAAUUUGAGCCACAAGUGCGCUGUCUGCGGCAAGGCCUUCUCUAGGCCCUGGCUGCUGCAGGGCCACAUGCGCUCGCAUACGGGUGAGAAGCCGUUUGGCUGUGCCCAUUGCGGUAAAGCUUUUGCUGACAGAUCCAACUUGAGGGCCCACAUGCAGACGCACUCUGCCUUCAAACAUUACGCGUGUACCCGGUGCAACAAGUCUUUUGCGCUCAAGUCCUACCUCAACAAGCAUUACGAAUCUUCCUGCUUCAAGGAGGGUUCCAAAGACUCAGUGAAUGAAACAUCUUCGACGUGCCAUCACGUUUUUGACAACAGCGACAAUUCGUCCGAUCUCAUGGAAAUCGGUACAUCACAAACUCCUUGAGGACUAAUUCAUUUGUUAGCAUCAGGCAACAGUUUAGUAAAUUUAUCGUAUUAGAUAACAACAUCUUUGGUAACAUGAAUGUGCUUAAAAAAAAUCUUGAAAUUUUUUUCGCCAUUUAGAAAUGCGUUCCGUUUAAAAUUUAAUUUAGAAUUUCGGUUAAACAAAUAUAAAAAAUUCUGAGCGGAUCUAAAGCAAAUAAAUUAAAGAAUUUAAAAUUAGGGUCAAUAUAACAAGAGGGUUUCGUACUGUUACAUAAAAUAAUUUUAGUAAUAAGCUAAGUGCAAAUACUAUGUUAAUUUUCUCAUGAUGAAGUAAUCGAACUUUUGCCCACUAUUUACAUAAUAAUGAAUUUUUUCAUCAUUGUUAAUUAGCAAAUUUUCCCAGUCCAUUCAAUGUAUUCUAAAUUUUAUAUGAAAUUGGAAAAUCUUUAUAGAUCUGUAUUAGAGAAUUAGUGAGACACAUCUUAUUGGUUUUAAUGAACUUUUAAUCCAAAAUAGAGCCACUAUACAUAGAGAUGACUCCAAAUUAUUUAAAUGUAUAAAAAAGUUUUUUUCUUUAAAUUGUAACUUUUAAAAUUACAAUUUUCAUAUAUAAGGAGUUCAGAUUUUAGAAUUUUUUAAUAAUUUAUUUGCUAGAACAAUGACUAUUCCAUUCAUGCCUGGGAUGUGGAUUGUCUGAUAUGUAUAAGAGCACUAACACUUUUAUCCAACACAUUUGAGUUGGAAAGAAAUUAUUACUUGUCCCGCAUUUAUUUGCUUUUCAAAAAAUUCAUAUAUUGGAAAACAAUAAUUCUGACAAAACCUACUGGAUUAAGGUUUGUGAACUAACAAACUGAAACUUAAUACGAAAUGUAUAGUCACAACGAAAGAACUGUAUUUUUGCUUCCUUGAAAUUUGAGUACUUGUAGAAUAGACAAAUACUACUUUUCUGAAACGUAAUUAGCACAAAACGCCAAUACGUAUGCAAACUGUGGAAUGUAAAAAUACAUGCGAUGUGUGAUGUUUGGAAAAGGAUUUACUAUUUUAUAGCGGGUACUUUUAUGAAAAAAUUGCAUGUGUUCUGAGCUAUAUUUAUAUUUCAGGAUGAAUUUUAUUACUUUGAAUAAUGUGUCAAUAUAUGAAGAUCAAGAAGCACAGUUAUUAGUGAAAAAUUUAUGUUUAUAAUGAUUUAUUUUACUAAGUAUACGUGAAGUAAUUAUUUAAAGGAUAUGCAUUACGCACAGAUUCAGAAAGGAUGACUUCGUAACAAGAAAGCAUUAUCUUAUAAUUUAAAAUUAGUAAGUUGACCAUGAACUUAGUUUUCAUACUUUUACUUUCUUUCAUUUAUAAGGCUUGCAGUAGGCAAAUAUUCCUUAUUGUAGGUUAAUAUUUUAUUGUAAAUUCAGGGUAAUUUUUAAACUAAGUUAAAUUUUUCGUUUAAAAAAAAGCAAAAGUUUAAAACAAGUACUAAAUAGUUUUUCCUAUAUAACAACAUUGCCAUUACCAUAUUUUAAUUUUAUCAAUGAAAUUACUUUAAUAAAGAUAAAAAUGUUUUGAAGCUUUGGAAAGAAAUUUAUACAUUAUAAUUAUAAUUACAUAUGACAUUAUUUCAUAAAAAGAAAUUUUAUAGCUUAAAAGUACAAAUAGUAAAUAAUUUAAAGUAAACCAAUAGCACAAAUGACUGAUUAAAUGUGCUGAAUAUCAUGAAUCUGAAAUAAAAUUUCCAUUUUGCAAAACUGUUAAAAAUUAAUAUUUGUGUUCACUUAAAAUAUCUCUAUCGUGUAGACAAUAUGAACUCAGGCGCUAGACAAUGAGAGGGUAAAUAAAUUCUCUACGUAAUAGAUGUAUUAUAUGAUGAAUCCAUUAAACAAGAGUUUUAAUUGAUUAUUCAGGACGUGUUUAAAAUGUUCUAAAUUUACUUUAAAUAAAGGAACAUUAAUGGCUGCAAAUAUGUAAACUAAUGUUGAAAAAACAAUAUUUGUUCAAUUUGAAAUAGAAGUUUAAUUACAAAUUUUAAAUUUAGUGUUAAAAUAAUUUCGUUUCUUUAGUAGAUAAAAAUAUAUAAUUUUUUUGUCUUGAAAAAUGACGACUAAUUAAUUUUCUUCUAAAUGUGUUGCGAUUUUUUUUCAAAUUUGUGCUAGAUUUAAUAUCGAUUUUAACUAUAUAAAACUUAUAUUUAACCAUAAUUUAAGAAAAAACUGCAGUCGUGUCAUUAACAACAUUUCAUCACAUAAUCACUUUUCUUAUCACUAUUACAUGAAAAAUCGUUAAAUAUUCCUCAUUUGAUUUUUAUACUGCCAUUUGAGCAAAAUACAUCUUAUACGCUUAAAAUAACAUAUAAGUUAAGAGUAAAAAUUAUUAUCUCUAAAAUAUUCUGUAAGAAACAUAGUUUCUCUAAUGCACAUGUAAAUACUUUUAGCGUUUAAUAAACACGAAAAAAUAAACAUAACAAUCGAGAUAAAACUUAAUGCAAGAACAGUAUUUGUUUUCUUAGAUAAAAACCUUUCAAUUUAUUUCCCGAAUUAAAAUUUCUUUUAAAUAUUAACUUUUCUUGCCACUUAUUUUUAAACCAAUUGUAAUAUAUAUCCUAGAAAAUAUGAAUUAAAAUUUUCCUGCUGUAUUUCUUAAUUAUCUUCAGAUUCAUGAUUAUCCUAAUUAUGUUCAGAUUAUAUUCAGAUUCAGCUGUCCUAAUUAUCUUCAGAUUCAUGAUUAAGUGAUUUGAAAAGUAAAAUAAAUAAUAUGCAUUUCGUAAAUGUAACUUUACUCAGAUAGUUUUAUUUGGAAUAUUUAUAUAUUUAUCUUCUCGCAAAAUUAUUUCAUUUUAUUCGCAUUUGACACCUUCUUAAUAAUAAGCAACUUCGAAAUGUAAAUAGUGUAAAAAAUACGCGCGAUAUAUUUAAAGAAUGAACUAACAGUACAGAUAAUUUAAUUUAACGGAGUUUCGUAAUGCAGCUCGAAUAUUGUGAAUACAUUUUUUCUUCACUUAUUUCCUCAUACUAGUUUGACUACUUAUUCAUCUGUAAAACAUGUAAAUAUGCAUAUAUAUAUAUAUAUAUGGAAAUUGUUAGACUCUUCAACAAAUGAUGUCUUUCAGUAAGAAAAUGAAUUUUUACUAAACAAUCAUUGAUCCACUCUUGCUCUUCAAAACGGCUGACUUGAAAACUAGCAGUCCACGUAUUUAACGUAUAUUAACUAAAAUCGCCGGGCAAUAUAUGCAAUAAUUUCUAGUCUGAGAACACCCAGUGGUUCUCAAAAAUAAUCGAGACCCUGUGAUCCGACUCAAUUCUUUAGCAAUAAUUUUAACAUGCAUCCUAAGUAUUUUAAUCACGCUUAAUGUAAUAAGAUCUAUGUAGUAAUUUUUACUUGAAGAGUUUGUGUUUAAAUUACACACAUUUAGAGCAUAAAAUAUUUUUAUUCCAGUCAUACCUAACAAUUAUGUGAUAUAUUUAUUUUGAAAUGUUAUUUGUUGUUAUUUAUUUUAUACGGUCUUUGUAGUUUGUUUUGUAGUUUUUAAGACAAAGUGCCGUGUCAUUUCUCAGCUACAUGUAAAUAAAUACUUAAAGAAGAUAAUAAAAUAUAGCUAUUCGCAUAAAAUUAUACCAUAUUCAAAUAUAUAUGUAUAUAUAUUUUUAAAUAAUAAGCCAUUUUAGGAUAAGAAACAAACGUUCGGUGCUUAAUAAUGCUUAUAAAAAUGUGUUAUAUGUUAAUUUAACGAAGAGCAUGAAUAUAUGCAAGCAUUUAUUUUCGGUUCUCUGUAAUGUGAAAUAAAAUUAUGUAAAAGUAUGCAUCAAGAUUUACUGAACAUGAAGUCAAACUCAUAAUGAAAUCUCCAUUGAUUUCCUUCAGACACUACCAAUAAUCUCCUCAGCGGUUAACUGUUACAUGUAUAUCAGUUAAUUAAUAAAAGAGAAAUAAUUGCUAAGUGCAAAAGUUUUAAUAGUUAAAAUCUAAAAUAAAAAACCAGGAUAAUUAUUUAAUUCCUUUCAAAACUCAGAGUAAAUAAUGUGUAUUCAAUUCAAUUUAAAACUUUAAAAAUGGAUUAAAUCCAAAAGGGAUUAUAUUCAAAUGAGAGGAAUUCGUUAAUGCACAUAUAAGUGCAGUAGCUAGUAGUUGAUAAUAAAGUAAUACUUGAGACUUAUAAAUUUAGCUCUGCAGAUUUUAAAUUUAUUACGCAAUACUUGUUGCUAAAUUUCAUCGUUUGUUGGAUUUAUAUUGCAAUGCAAUAAGAGCUCAAUUUAUUAUAUAUAUGCACACACUUAUUUAUUUAAAGUUUAAAUUAAAAGAGUAGUCAUAAUCGAACUACAUGUAAAUCUAGAAAAUCUAGUAGUCUUUUCACAUACGACAAGAAUCAAAAAAGUAAUAAUUAGCUAGGUAUUAUAACCUGAAAAACAAAACAAUUAGUCCAAUUUUUAAAGUUAAAUAAACAUUAAACUAAAUACAGGGAUAUUAAAAAAAUCUGAUAAAAAUGUAAAGGCUAUUAGAGGCGAACGAUGUAUCAUAAUUACUUAAGCAACAGUUUUUCAAAUAACUGACGAAGUGAGUUCUUUCAAAAUUAAUGAAAUCUGCAAAUAAUUCUAUUAAAAAAUAUAAAAUAAUUGAUAUUAUUAUUUUGAAAAGGAAGGAGACAUGAUCUAACUGAAUUAUCUUUUUACUGGAAGGAAAUAAAUUUUAAUUGCUAAAUAAUUAAUUCAGCAGACAGUUGUUACAAAAUAACAGAAAAUAUUUCUUACCGUUUCUCUCUGUUGAAGAACUUUAUGCUAAAUGAUAUUUAAUACUUACAAAUAAGCUUUGUUCUUUGAUCUUUAUGAUAAUAAAAUGAAGAAUCGAGUCUGUCGGAAUCGAAUGGAAUUUCAUGAAGAAAAAGAAUGUACUAAUUUUGAAAUUGAAAGUUCAUUCAUUGCUUAAAUUACUUCAAAUGUCAAUGUAUUAUGCUUGCUUGAAUGCCUACUUAGAAAAAAAAUUAGUAUUAAAGAAAAUAAAUAUUUCGCACUGUGUGAGAUAUGCCUAAUAAAGUGCAUAUAUUCGAUGCACUAGUUAUUAUUUACAGCAAUUGUCUUGAAUAGUUUAAAUUUAUAUAAAUAUUAUGUAAAUUUGCAUUAAUGAAUUUAAUGAUAAAUCUCGUUUUAUUAUUGUUUUCUGUUGUGUUUCCCUAGAUGAUAUUUUUCUUUAAACUUGUU